AUGAACAUCAAACUCAAGAACUUGCGAUCUGCGGAGGAAGAUCUGGGCAAGUUUCUGGGCAAUGUCGUUGUCACUUCGGAACUUGUUACUUCAAUAUGUGGGGAUGAAGUCAACGACGCUUAUUUGGAGUACGUCAUCGAGCUCAACAACAAGAUCAAGUACAUCAGGCAGACCCAGCCAGCAUCGGACGGUUCCAGCCUGGAAAUGCCCCCGUCAAGCACGAUGGCGGCGAAAGGAGUACAGCCCCACCUAGAGAACCUCAAAACAAAGGCUUGUGCCAAGGCGCGCGACUAUCUCUUACAAAAGAUUGGCGAGCUGAGAAGGCCAAAGACCAACGUGCAAAUCAUCCAGAAGAACUCCCUGCUCAAGUACAAAUAUCUGAUGCAGUUCAUGUACGACAAUGUUCCUGAAGCCGCCGAAGAAAUUCGCGUGGUGUACAUCGAAAGCAUGGGACGCACAAUUUCGGCGUUGUUCAGGGCGUACCAUGCGCAACUCAUGAAGCUGGAGCUGGAGUUGGCCAAUCGACACGACCUCAUUGCUGUGGAGGAUGCAGCGGCCAGGAGCAUGUUCUCAGCCAAAGCAGACUCCAACAAACGUGGGGAUGGAUUCAACAUUGGAGAUCGAGACAACAUCCUGGAUACCGUGGAGGCUGGACCCAUUCUCGUCCACGUGGCUUUGGCAGAAGGCCGCCAAUUCCCGUAUGAAGCCAUUAUGCGCUCCGUUUUCAAGCACCUCAUGGACAGUGCUACAAGCGAAUACCUCUUCACAAUGGAGUUUUUCAAGGGGCAGUCUCACGACACGUUCAACAGGAUCUUUGCGAGGACGCUAUCCCUGUGCAUCGAGAAUCUCGAAAGCUACCUCUCCGGCUGCUGCGAUUGCAUCGGGCUUCUCCUCAUGAUCAAGAUCACCCACGCGCACUCGAUGGUUAUGCAGCGACGACGGGUCCCCGUUCUAGACAGCUUCUUUGACCGAGUCAAUAUGUUGCUGUGGCCGCGCUUCAAGACCAUCUUCGACAACAACCUCAAAAGCGUCAAGGCCGCGAACCCAAAGCGAAUGGGGGUGAUCGAGCGACAUCCGCACUAUGUGACGCGGCGCUACGCCCAUUUCGCAGCUUCACUACUCGCGUUACAUAGUGGGCUAGAUGACCUUGCGGUUGGGAUCGGAGGCGAAGAGAUGCUUCUGAACGACUUGGGGACGUUGCGGGUGGAGGUUGUGCAGCUGGUCCAGCGGAUGGCAGAACAGCUCCCAUCCAACAAGCUACAGGUGGUUUUCCUCAUUAACAACUAUCACGAGGUUCUUCGCGUGUUCCAGGAGCGAAGGAUAAUUUCCGACGAAACCGCUAGGUUCGAAGAACUACUUGUUCGGCAAAGAGAUUUCUUUGUGGAGGAGGAGCUGAAAGAAAAGUACAAGAGGCUUAUAUCGUUCGUUCAACUAACGGAAGCAGCCAUGAGCUCAGGGGAGACUGGUGCAGAGUUGGAUGAAGCCAUCGUUGAAGGUCUUGUCCGGGAGUUCGCGGCGUCGUGGAAAAGCGGCAUCGAGGCAGUCAACCAGGAUGUGUUGUCUUUCUUCAGCAACUUCAGGAAUGGCAUGGAGAUUUUGAAGCAGGUGCUGACUCAGCUUCUUCUGUACUACACGAGGUUUCAAGAGAUAAUCCGGAAAGGCUGGCGGCGCCCGCCGGCAUUCAGCAAAGAUCUUGUUUCGACGUCAGCAAUACUGAAGGAAAUCAAGACGUAUUCCAGAUCUUACUGAAGAGUGUUUGUUGCUCGCAUGAGCUGACACGUACAGCGAGAUAUCAUCAUUCGUUGACGCAGGUGCCGAUGUAAGACACGCCACUCAACCUGCCAUUCUUUGUUGUGAGCAAUAUCUCCCAUAUGGAUACUAACCGGUAGUGUAACCGUUCUGAACGAAAGACUCCUUCGUGUGCC